UACCACCAUGUUCGAAUGGCCUCUGGUGGGAGGGGAACGGCAUCUGAAGCUAGCCAAUCUCUGUAAGCCCUAGAACGCCAUACAAUCCAUCCGAAACAAGUUGAGCAAGUCCAGAACAAGAGCGCUGUCUCGUGGCCGCUGCUUCUUUCGCGAGCGUGAUACCCUCUCCUCCAUCAUACCUCCUAAAUCUCCAUACGAAUUACCGAGAACAAGCUACGCUCCACUACCUACCUAGGUACCUAUCUUCUUCCUCCAAAGGUGUACACUACGACUGCAAUCAUCAAAUGUCUCCGUAGCAUCCUUCUCUAGCAUCUCACAGCUCAGCAACCGCCAAACAUGUCGCAUCACAAGCCGUUUAGCUCGCUGUCCCCGAUCGAUUGGGCGUCGGUACCUAGCAGCGAGGCCCUCCCCGAUUUUCUGCGCGGCAUCUUCGCCGACACCCAGACCAUCAUCGACAGCAUCCCACUUCCCCAGGGCAUAGCGAGCGCGAUCCAUGGCGGCAGCGGCCACGGCCACGGCCACGGCAGGGCCAGGGCCAAUACGGACCCCUCCGGCGGCUCAGUGGCCCUCAACAGGGCGCUGUCCCCCGGCGGCGGCGCCUGUGCCCAGACGGCCAAGCUGCUGCACAAGGAGUGGAAGGAGGUCAAGACGAACCCGCGCGACAACCCGCUCGCCAUCAACGUCUACAAGCUAUCGGCCAAGGACGGCAAGGGCGCCUGGUUCGCCCGCCGCGGCAUCCACGAGGGCGUCCCCUUCGACAAGUUCCGCCUCGGCCUCGAGCGCGAGUUCUCCGAGGCCCUCAAGGCCCGCGUCGCGAACCCCAACGCCGGCCCCGGCGCCGGGGACGUGAGGGGCAUCGGGGCGGAGAAGAGGGCCGAGUGCGUGCACGCCGAGGGGAUCGGCAUGCUCGAGGUUUACCAGCUGUCGGCCCAGUUCCCGGGCCCCACCACGCCUCGAGACUUUGUCACUCUCCUGCUGACCUCGGCGCCUGAGCCGCCCGUGGGCGGCGGCAGCAAGAAGAAGAGCCGGGGGCCGCCAGCGCCCAGGCAGUUCAUGAUCGUGUCCAAGCCGUGCGUGCACCCGGAAUGCGCCCCGCGGCAGGGAUACAUCCGGGGCCAGUACGAAUCUGUCGAAAUCAUCCGCGAGAUACCGGUAGAGGUGCCCCUGCGCAAGGUCCGCUCGUCCAUCGAUCUUAACAGGGACGGGGCCGGCGACCUGAGCAAGGCGGAGCAGGCAGCGCUUGGGAGAGAGGCCAUAAUCCGGUCGGCGCGCAAGGCGACUGCUGGCGGCGCAGCCGGUGAUGAUGAUGGUGACGGCGACGACGACGACGACGCACGCUCUGUCCGUAGUGAUGUUGGGACGGUCAAGGACGCGGACGCGGCCAUGGGCACGGGCCACGAGACGGAGAUGGCGGUCGAAUGGCUGAUGGUCACCCGGAGUGAUCCCGGUGGUAGUGUCCCACGCUUCAUGGUAGAGAAGGGCACUCCCGGCGGAAUAGUUAGCGACGCCGGCCGGCUACUUGAUUGGUUGGCCUCUAAGAGCCUCGCGGAUCUGGCCGAGGAGCCAGAUCUCGACAAUACCGCUGCGGAAGCUGCGGGCGGCACUUUGGAGGUCGCCGAGGAGGACCUCGAGGGCCGGGGGCAGAAGGGAGCCCAGCCGGGGACGCAAGGCGGUGCAGUUACACCAAAGGCCUCCAAGCCCAAAGUUCCUAUUAGAAACCUGGUCCCGAAUCCCGAGGCGCAAGCCGACGAUGUCCCGCCAGUGGCGCCUGCUACCGGACUCUACAGCAUGAUCACGGGUGUUAUCGGCGUCGCCGGCUUGGCCGUGGCGUCUCGGAUCCCGUUCGGGGGCUCCAUGGGGGCGACCGAUUCCGAGCCGGAGCUGGACGGCAGGGACGACGACACGGCCCCGGACGACUCCAGCGACGCGUCCUCGGUGCGGACCUUCAACUCGGCCAUGGAGUCGCCCGAGCAUAAGCCGUCCGAGGACAUACCAUCUCUCGACGGCACGUCGACGCUCACCGAGGACACCUCGACCGAGACGCUGAGGAAGGCCCCGUCGAGCUACUCCAAGGAGUCCGAGUCGUCGUCGGCGGCGCCGUCGCGCGUGUCGCUGCAGCACGACAAGGACCUCCGGAAGCUGCACGAGCGGCGCAGAAAGGUGCAGGACAAGAUGGCGAAGCUGCAGGAGCGGUCCCUAAGCAAGCAGCAGGAGGACCGGCAGCGGGACGAGCAGGCGACGGCCAAGCUGCGCGAGAAGCACGAGCGCGAGGUGGCGCGCCAGGAGGACAAGUACCGCCGCGAGCUGCGCAAGAUCGAGGAGCGCCGCGCCGCCGAGGAGAAAAAGGCGGCCGAGCGCCGCCGCAAGCAGCUCGAGCGCGAGGAGAAGGCCAGCCUCGCCCUUGAGCUCGAGCACGCCCGCGCCGAGCUCGACGUCGCGCUCAAGCAGGUUGACCUACUCAAGGACCAGAUUGGGGAGCUGCAGUCGCAGAACACGAUGCUGGUUGCGACGCUCGGUAAACAUGGCUUGCUCAAGGGCGGUAGCAUCGACGCAUUGAGCGAGCUCAAGAGAAGCACCUCUUCUGUCAGUGCCAGGUCUAUGAGGUAAACUUUCGACUGUGCCCAAGUUAGGGAUCGUCUUUGGCGACAGAAUGUACAUUUUUGACUUCCGGCAGGAACCACUUUCGUAGCGCACAGUGACUUGCCUGGCGUUGAGAAUAAUAAAAAGCAGACACACAAAAGAU